AUGGAAGAGUGUAAAACUGUGAAAAUCAGUACUAAGCGAUUCAGAGAGGAUCCGGGCUCGCCGGAGGUGAAGCAGAUCAGAGAAGAAGUAUUGGAUAUCUUAGAUGAACAGGAGAUUUUAACUGACCGUUUACCAGAGGUUGAAGAGCUGGAUUCAGUGAUGAAAAGCUUUGAAGAAGAGAUUGUUCAUCCAUCAAUUCAACAAACUAAUCUCGAUUCCAUCGAUCCUCAACUAGACCUCAGCUAUCUUCUAGAAGCCUCGGAUAAUGAGCUCGGACUCCCUCCUACCGUUUUAUCUUCCGAUGACCAUGUUAACGCCAAGAACAACGUCGAUGGAUCGGAGAAUGUAAUUGAAUUUGAAAAGGAGUUGCUGCCGAGUCACGAACUCGGAUUACUUGAUUACCAGGAGUCACUGGAAUUGUCUCAGGGAACAGAGUCCAUGCCCGCUUAA